GAAAAAAACUCCAAGAAAUGAUUAAAAAAUUAAAAAAAGAAGAAACUUUUUAACCUACAAAACAAAAACGAUUGUUGUUGUUUUCGUUUAUAUCGUUCGUCCAUGUUCACCCGUUUUCAAUUUGUGCUUUUUUUGAUGUUGAUGUGUUUUUAGUUGUAAAAUUAUAUACCAAAUACCAAGCAAAGGUGUUGCAGUUGCAAAUUGUAAAGCAUCUUUAACUAGUGCCUUUUUUUAUGUUAAAAGGCACUGAUCUGUAUUAGAUCAGUGUUAAAAGGUAUAUUUGAAUAAAAAUGAAUUACAAUUUUGAAACUCUCCGAAUUGAAUAUAAAGAUAUUCUACAAACGUCUUUUAAAACCAACAAUGUUGAACCAUUGGAACAAAAAGUAAAAUCUUUAAAUCGGACUGAUUUGGAUAUAAAAACACCCUUGGAUCAAACUAUAAGAGAUAUUUUAUUGAAUCUUCUUGAAGAAGAGAGUAGUGUUGCAAUUCUUAGAGACUAUGUAGAUUUUUCCAUACUGCUCUGUAGAAGAGGAUUAAGUUCUCCUACAAUACCUGUUGUACUUCUUGGAGAUAUAUUUGAAACUUUAACUCUAGAUAUUUGUGAAAGCAUGUUUACAUUUGUUGAACAGAAUGUCAAUGUUUGGAAGGAAGAGUUAUUUUUUUCUGGGUGCAAAAACAACUUAUUACGUUUAUGUAAUGAUCUAUUAAGAAGAUUGUCUAGAACUACAGCAACUGUGUUUUGUGGGAAAAUUCUUUUAUUUUUGGCAAAAUUUUUCCCAUUUUCUGAACGUUCAGGUUUAAAUAUUGUUAGCGAAUUUAAUUUGGAGAAUGUAACAGAAUAUGGUACAGAUCAAAUAGAAGAGGAUAUUACAGAAAUUAAAUCUGGAGAUGAGAAACAUACCAUAGAUUUUACUUUCUACUGUAAAUUUUGGCAAUUACAAGAUUUUUUUAGGAAUCCUAUUCAGUGUUAUAAUAAGGUUCAAUGGAAACUCUUCAGUUCUCAUGCCACUAAUGUAUUAAAUACUUUCCAUGGAAUAAAACUUGACUAUGUGACAUCUACAGAAAAUUCUGCAAAUUUGGGAUAUUUUGCAAAAUAUCUAACAAGUCAGAAAUUAUUAGAUUUGCAAUUGCAUGAUGUAAAUUUCCGAAGAUCUGUAUUACUCCAAUUUCUAAUAAUCUUUCAGUAUUUCACAUCUACAGUUAAAUUUAAAUCAGAUAUUCAUGAAUUGAAAAAUGACCAAAAAGAAUGGAUUAGCAGUUACACAGAAAAAGUAUAUACUCUCUUGAGAGAAACUCCACCAGAUGGAGAAGAGUUUGCACAAAUUGUAAAACAUGUGUUAAGUCGUGAAGAAUUAUGGAAUGCUUGGAAAAAUGACAGCUGCCCAGAGAUCAAAAAGACUCUACCCCAGCAAACAGAAGUGUCAGAAAAAAGAAGAGAUUCGGAAAAACCACUUCUAGGAGAUAUCAUUAAAGAAGCUAGUGAUCAAGGAAAAUAUUUUAUUGGCAGUGGUGAGCUAACCAAAUUAUGGAAUCAUUGUCCAAAUAAUUUAGAAGCAUGUAAAGGAAGAAAUUUCUUGCCAACUUUAGAUGAAUACUUUGCAGAUCCAAUUCAGCAGGUUGAAACUCACAGCAAAGGAGAUGAUAAUUUGUUGAAAGACAGUAAUUUUGGUUGGAGAGCAUUGAGGCUUUUAGCAAGACGCAGUCCUCAUUUUUUCACUUACAGUACUACUAUUAUGAAUCCUUUGUCAUCCUAUUUAGAAAUGAUGGUAAGAAAGAUAAUUCAUGAAAAACCUGGAAAGGAAAUGUCACAAGAAAGUCAAAAUGAUAAUGAGCUGGAGAGUAUUCUUACUGAAGCAGAUCAAGCUACAGAAGAUCUUAAACAAACAGAUCAUGAAGAAUUUGUUGAUGACACAAAUGUGAGACAAGAUAAUAAAAAUUUAACUUACGAGCAAUUGUUAUAUUUCAGUGAAAAAAUUUCCCCAGAUUGGCCAAAAUUGGCAGUUAAAUUAGGUUAUAAACCUGAUGAAAUUGAUUUUUUUAAAAAUGAAAAUCCUACUCCCAUUGAACAAGCAAGGAAUUUGUUACAAAUAUGGUUUGAAGAUGAUGAAGAUGCAAGUUUAGAUAAUUUACUGUAUAUCCUUGAAGGUCUAGAAAUGAAUGAAGCUGCAGAAGCUGUAAGAUCUGAAAUAUCAAAUAAUAUGGAAACAUUUUUAAUACAGUAACAGUCUCACAGGCAGACUGUAUAUAGGAAUUCCAUACAGUGUUUCCCUUGUGAAAUCACAGUGUGAUAAUUCAGAAGGUAGAAAUAAUUCAACAGUG